AUCCCCCAAGAAAUCUUUAAAAUGCCAUAUCUCGGGAACGGCUCCAUAGAUUUUCGAGUUUGAGCUAUCGUUGGAAAGGUCUUAACCUCAACUAUAAUAUAUUAAAAUAUGAAGUAAAUCGAUAAUGGCAUUUUCGAAAUAGUCGAGUUCGAAAUUUUCGAAAAUUUUGAUUUUGACUUUAGCGCCUCUCGCGGUCAUUUCUCGAACUUGCAAUGUUCUAGACAUUUGUAGGGCUUCACGAAACCUUUCAUUUGCAAUUGAGUUGAUCAAAAUCGGUCUUGUAGAACCCGAGAUAUGACAUGCCAACUUUGGAAGGCUAUAUCUCGAGAAUGGAGACAUAGAUUUUCUUCAUUUUUGGCAUGGAGCUAGAUAAUAUGGUCAGCUAUAACAUAUCAAAAAAUGAAGCAAAUCGAUAAUGGCGUUUUCGAGAUAUUCAUCGAAAACUCAUCGAAAAUUUUGUUUUUGAUUUUUGGCCCCCUAGCAGUCACUUUUGAAACUUCGUAUGUUCUAGAAAGUUGUAGGGUUUGUUGAGAUCUUUCAUUUGAGCCCGGGUUGAUCAAAAUCGGUCAAGCCGUUUUCGAGUUAUGGUCGAUUUUCGAUGAAAAAUUGUGGCGGCCAUAUUGACUAAACGGCUUGACCGAUUUUCGAAAAUGAGGUAUCGUUGGAAAGCUCUUGAUGGCCCCUACAACAUAUCAAAAUUUCAGCCCUCUAGCUAUAAUAACGGCUAAGAUAUAGCGAAAACUAAAUUUUGAGGUUAUUCAAAAUGGCGGACGGAGGGGUGGGGGGUAAAAUUUGACAUCAUAAUCGGAUGUCUUCCAGUCGAUAUUUAAACUUUGCCGUUUACCGCAAGUCUCUAUCUAUUACCGUUCUCUCGCAAUUUAGCGUUAUACUACGGACGGACGGACGGACGGACGGCCGGCCGGCCGGCCGGAAAAAAUUUUUUUUGGCGCAUACGUUUUUUGGAAUGUGGGGACCCUAAUUCGUGCUCAUCCCAAGUUUGAGCCCGAUCUGACGACUUUCGAUUUUGCUCGGUACACAAAAGCUGUGUCUGAAAGAAACACAGCUAAAAUAUUUUUGAAAUAAAAAAGCCAAAACCUAUUAGCAGAGUUUGCUUUAACGUAGGGAAUAGGGGUAAACGGGGUGUACCAUAUACAUAUAAAAUCGAUCAAGCGUGAUUUUAUACCCUCAAUUCAAAUAGCAAAAAAAGUCUCCCUUUUUUGGAAAACAUGUUUACAAAUUUAUGGUCAUUUCCACAGUGAUUACACAUGCCAUUUCAUUUUAUGUAGAGCAAUGGAUGAGUUGAUAGAUUUCUUUGAAAAGCCUAUUACCAAGCAUUUCCUCCCUGAAUUCGAUUUUAAUAUUCCACCCAUGCAAUUACUAAUGGAUAAAGUUCCUUGCUAUGUGUUUCUAUAUAUGAAAGUUUUUGGUGAAGCUUUUCUCCAACUUCAAUUGUAUAAUAUGACCAAUGCGAAUCAUUUAUCGUCUGGUGAAUUCUACGCAUUUGUGGUGAUGAUGCCUGUGACCUGAUCAAAUCACUGGUGACGAAAACCAAACUUUCUGCACGUUGUGGCGAAGAGGUUUCUCAAUGAGAAAUCCUCCAUUUUUGGCACUACCACGUUUGUUCUGCUAGUGCGACGAAAAUACAUUCCACCCCAUUUUGGGGUUUUGGGAGAAAAGUCAUGAAAAUUCCCUCUAUUUCCGUACAACUCAACCAUACCACCACCCCCGUAAAAGUUGAGGUGAAGGUGGCCAAUUGCUAUAUAAAUAUGUAUAAAGUAAUCUCUGUUGUAUAUGUGUGGAAAGGGGAUACAUAACACUUUCAGGGUGUAGAUGGGAGAUGAAAAUUUGGGAACAUACAUAGGGGGUUGCUGAUGUCUCGGCAAUAUUGAUAAAGAGUCCGAAUUGGGUGCCAUAUCGAAGCGAAAAUUUGAUAAAAUGGCAAAGAGCUUUUUUUUUGGUGCGUCAUGGGGAUGAAACACCGCACAAGAUAGCUGUGUGAGCUCUAAUUUAUCACAAUUUAGGCCUUUCGAUCCCCGUAGUUUAUUUUAUCUAAUCAAUACUCCGAUUUAUUUAGACUAUAUGUAGACAACGGAGUAUCGUGUGAAUAAGAGAGGAUUUUGGAGCUUUAUACUAUGGAGAGCUCCCUAUUGCCAAGAUAGGAAAGCUUUAUGUUUAUGUUUGCGGAUGUUUCUGAAGCAAUCGAAAUUUUAUCUGGAAUUUAAAUGGGGUUGCCAAAGACAUCCUUGAGCUGUAAAAUAAAUCCAUCUUCAAGUUGAAAUUUUAUUGAACAACAGAGACUUUAAUUUUAUUAACUUUUUACUGUAUUGGGGGGAAAUUCUCAAUUUAAAUUUUCUAAUAAGGAGGAUCUAAAGUUUUCUGAAGAUUUUUUGGAGUGUUAAGUAUGUAAAUAAAAACAUUUUUUGGAGCUUUUUGAAAGGAUUGAAUAAAAUUUAAUUUAACGCAAUGAAAAUGAAAUCUUCCCAACAAUGAUGUUGCGUAAAAUUUCACUUUAUGACGAAAAUAAUCAAGGAAAAUGAAAAGAAAAUUUUUUCUACUCAAAACAUUUUUAUGUGCUCUUUAAUAUAUUUUUUUAUUUCCUCAUCUUGUUUUAUAAUGAAUUUUUAAAACAUCUUUAUGGCAACAAAGAGGAAAUAUCAUCUUCUCUCUCAAAAUGUAUAACAUACAUGAAAGCAUUAAGUUCACUACCAACUAAAAUAAAUUGCAAUUUCUCAUCUAAUAUGUUCUUCAAUGGAGGAGCUUCCAGUGUAACUACUUUUCUUCUCAUAAAAGCUCUUACUUGUAAAACUUUAUCGUAAAGCUUGUGAAUUAAAUAGAACUAGUAGUUCUCUGCUUAUUGAUUGCUUUCAUCAAACUACGUAAUGAUACUUCUUUGUACUUUACGGUAAAACCACUAAUUUUUUAACCUUAUCAUCCACAUUAAUUUCCCGCUGAAACAUUAUAUUUUCUUUUAAUUUUAAGGGUAUUCCUCAGUAUCUUUUAGAGGGGUACAGCAUUAAGCAAAACUUAUUUGAUUAAAACUAACUUCAAUGGAGGGGUGUUUAUGAAAUUCUAUAAGCUUCUGGCUCCUAUUCUCUGUAGCUGUGCAAAUAACUUGCUGUGCGUUCUAUUUGCCUUCAUACUACGGAGGCAGGAGGUUUAGUUUAGAUAGUUGUAGUUAGAUGCAUACCCACAGAGAGAGAGAGAGAGCAGAAAGUCAAAUAAAUCACACACAUAUAUUUAUAAUAUGUAAUGCAAAUAAACUAUAUAUGGGGGAUAACAUGGAGUUUAACAAUAAAUUCCACGAGAAUUAUUUAAUAAUAUCUAUAAAUAAUACAACUGUUGAGGGGUUACUUGAAUGGGGGUAGAUCCUAGUGGGGGUGUUUGCAAAAUUUCAUCCCUUUGCAUUCUGUACAUCACACAAUCCCCCGUGGUCUGCUGAGCACAGUUCAGUUAGCAAAUUGUAUUGUCUCCCUCUGAGUUAUAUACUUCAGAUUUUCCUGCUUUUCCGGACGGGGUGGUUUUCUAGAGGAGAGAGCGGGGAGAGAGACAAUAUAGCAACAUUAGUUUGUAUUUUGCUAAGUGCAGGAGAUGGGGGUAGUUCGUUGUCAUUCUGAGAUGUUUCAAAAUGUAGCACGAAGGUUGAAAUUUUAUUUCACCCCAUUCAAUUGGAUGAGAAGUAGCUAGACAUUUGUUGGUUGUCUCCCCAUGGGGAAAAUUGUUUAUUUCCAAGAUGAGUGGAUGGAUGAGGUGAAGAAUUGUUUGUGUUCUGUGAGUAAAUGAGUUUGUUCUUCCGGGGUGAUGCAAAAUAUUCUGGAUUCUGGGUCAGAUAAAACUUUGUUGUUUGGUCAUCCUAUAAGAUGCACCCAACAAAAUGAAAUUCUAAUUGGCUACAUAUUUAACCGCCAGCCUGAACAACUUAAACAACAAGUGAAUUUAGUACGCUUAAAUGCGUGGGAAUUUUCAUCCCAAAAAUAAGUGUUGAGAAAUAAAUUUAAAAAAAUUAAAGACAAUGUAAAGUUCAGAAGAAGUUAUCAAAAAUUGAAGUGUUGGUAUUUCGGGACAAAAUGAGACUGGUGCGUGUUGUAUGAUGGAGAUUUUUAUCGUUUUGGGCUUGUGUUUUGUUCUCUACGAAGCCCUGGACCUCUUCCAAGGUUGCUACCACCAGUACUAUCAUCGCAAUACAACGCACCUCCCCUCCUUGGCAAGCCUUGAAGAUGGUUCAAGUGACGAUGUAGAAGAUUCAGACACUAAACAUCUUCUGGCACCAUCUUGUGAGGCAUCUGGUGAAUGUGGUGGAGACUGGGAAAAGAGUGGAAAAUUCACAAAAGUCAGCGAUCGGUACACUGUUGAGGACGAGUGCGAGAAGACAAGUGGAAGUGAUAAAUGUACAAUUUUUUCCGUAUCAGAGUGUUUGGCACGAGAAAAUGAACUGGGUUCCAUUUAGAAAUAUUCAAACACUGGCUAUGUGUUCGAAAAUCACCGAGAUAAAUUUAAGGUGUUUCUGCGUCUCAUGGUGAAAGUUUAAAAGCCUCUCUUGUCACCCAAAAGGAAAUUAUAUCGGGAUAGAGACUGUGCAGAAAUUUGACUUUGGUGUGUUCUGUGCGUACGGUGCUGCGGUUUCCUGUGUGUGUGGAAGGCUGAAAAUAUAAAAGAGUAACAAGGAAAAAGAAGAAGCAAAAGCGCGCGAAUCUUAAAAAGGGGUUUGGAAGAAGGAAUGGUGUAUUGAGAAUGGUUCUGGUGGCCCAUGUACCAUCAACUAUUGUCACUGAAUUUUGUGAUGCUGUAACAAUUUGGAGCGACCACUCAGAAUGGACUCACUGGAGCGUCUAAUGCGUGCGGCGCCACUACCCCCGAGCAUACCCGGCUCCCAGGGGUCGCGUCGUGCCCUCGUCCAUGCCUCACUGGCGUCUGCCAUUGGUAGGAAAGGACGCCACUUGACGGGGACAUUUUGUCUCACCGGAGACACAAUGGAAGGAAUAAUACAAUGUCUUGUCUUUCUCAAAGCAUUUUCGCUCGUUGGGGGUGAAUUCGACAUGGAGCUCAACUUUGUGAUUCAGGAUGCACAGAAUAUUAAGCACAUGCUGGAACUUCUUGAUCAUUGUCCACCGAAUUUGCAGGCUGAAAUAUGGAGUGUAUUUAUUGCAAUCCUGCGAAAAAGUGUUCGCAAUCUGCAGGCCUGCACAGAUGUUGGAUUAAUAGAACACGUUCUGGUGCGAUUGCAACGUGCUGAAACUGUUGUUGCAGACUUACUUAUUGAGAUGUUGGGCGUAUUGGCGAGCUACAGUAUCACUGUUAAGGAAUUGAAACUCCUGUUUGGCGCCAUGAAAGCUGUGAAUGGAAAAUGGCCACGGCAUUCAGCCAAGUUGUUGAAUGUUCUGCGACAAAUGCCACAUCGCAAUGGACCGGAUGUUUUCUUCAGUUUUCCAGGACGCAAAGGAUCGGCUAUUGUCCUGCCACCGUUAGCUAAAUGGCCGUACGAAAAUGGCUUCACAUUCACAACGUGGUUCCGAUUGGAUCCCAUCAAUUCUGUGAAUAUUGAACGAGAAAAGCCAUAUCUCUACUGCUUCAAAACAUCCAAAGGUGUUGGAUACACAGCGCACUUUGUCGGCAAUUGUCUGGUGUUAACAUCAAUGAAAGUCAAAGGGAAGGGCUUUCAGCAUUGUGUCAAAUAUGAAUUUCAACCGAGAAAGUGGUAUAUGAUUGCGAUCGUGUAUAUUUACAAUCGUUGGACAAAGAGCGAAAUCAAGUGCCUGGUCAAUGGACAACUAGCGUCAAGUACGGAAAUGGCGUGGUUUGUCUCCACAAACGACCCAUUCGAUAAGUGCUACAUUGGGGCGACGCCCGAAGUGGACGAAGAGCGGGUGUUCUGUGGUCAAAUGGCAGCAAUUUACUUAUUCAGUGAAGCGCUCACAACACAGCAAAUUUGUGCUAUGCACAGACUAGGUCCAGGUUAUAAGUCGCAAUUUCGAUUUGACAACGAAUGUUACCUCAAUUUACCGGACAAUCACAAGCGGGUGAGUGUUUCUUCCCCAACUGCAGCAAAUGUGGCCCCGGGUGGGACUGCGGGCGUGGACACGGCGGGUGAGCACGUGUUGCACUAUCUCUUGAGCGGCGCCGCAGCCGCGGCCGGUGCUCAAGCUGUGAGUGCCAGUGUUCCGCCGGCGGUGCCAGCGACGGCCCCGAGCACACCAGCAGCCGCCGUGCCAUCAACAUCCCCCUCUUGUGUUGCAAAUGUUGCUAGCGACGACUUUAAUUUUGUAUCCGUUCUGUACGAUGGAAAGUUGUCCAAUGCCAUCGUGUUCAUGUACAAUCCAGUAGCUACGGAUGGUCAACUCUGCCUGCAAUCGGCACCCAAAGGGAAUGUCUCGUUCUUUGUACAUACACCGCAUGCUCUUAUGUUGCAGGACGUGAAAGCUGUCGUUACGCAUUCCAUUCACUGUACAUUGAAUUCAAUCGGAGGAAUUCAAGUACUUUUCCCCCUCUUCUCCCAAUUAGACAUGCCAUACGAUGGUACGAGUGAUGUUAAAAGAGAUCCAGCAUUAUGUUCAAAACUGUUGGGUUUCAUCUGUGAACUCGUGGAGAGUUCUCAAACUGUCCAGCAGCACAUGAUACAAAAUCGUGGUUUUCUCGUGAUAUCUUUUAUGUUACAACGAUCCUCCCGGGAACAUUUAACGUUAGAAGUUCUUGGAUCGUUUCUCAAUCUCACGAAAUAUCUCGUGACAUGUCUUUCGGCCAAUAGUGAUCUUCUUCUAAAGCAGCUAUUUUGCUUCUCAUUCCUUACAUGGCAGCUCCUGGAUCAUGUCCUUUUCAAUCCAUCCCUGUGGAUUUAUACGCCGGCCAAUGUGCAGGCACGGCUGUACUCCUACCUCGCCACGGAGUUCCUCAGUGAUACGCAAAUCUACAGUAAUGUCCGUCGUGUGAGCACAGUCCUGCAGACGGUGCACACCCUCAAGUUCUACUACUGGGUGGUGAAUCCACGGGCAAAGAGUGGUAUUGUACCGAAGGGUCUCGAUGGACCACGACCAGCGCAAAAGGAUAUUCUCGCCAUUCGGGCGUACAUUUUGCUCUUCCUCAAGCAACUCAUCAUGAUUGGCAAUGGCGUAAAGGAGGAUGAACUGCAGAGCAUUCUCAACUACUUGACAACCAUGCAUGAGGAUGAGAAUUUGCACGAUGUCCUGCAAAUGCUAAUUUCUCUCAUGUCUGAACAUCCCAGCUCCAUGGUGCCUGCCUUUGAUGUCAAACACGGCGUACGGACAAUCUUCAAGCUUCUCGCUGCUGAAAGUCAAUUGAUUCGCCUCCAGGCACUCAAACUUCUUGGUUUCUUCCUCUCUCGCAGUACACACAAGAGGAAGUACGAUGUGAUGUCACCACACAAUUUGUACACACUCCUGGCGGAGAGGCUGCUCAUGUUUGAGGAGUCACUCUCGUUGCCCACGUAUAAUGUUCUCUAUGAAAUAAUGACGGAGCACAUAUCUCAGCAGAUCCUCUACUCGAGACAUCCGGAGCCGGAAAGUCAUUUCCGCCUUGAGAAUCCAAUGAUCCUGAAGGUGGUGGCAACACUUAUUCGGCAGUCGAAGCAAACGGAGCAAUUGCUGGAAGUGAAGAAGCUCUUCCUGUCGGAUAUGACGCUCCUGUGCAACAAUAAUCGCGAAAAUCGGCGUACGGUACUGCAGAUGAGUGUGUGGCAAGAGUGGCUUAUCGCGAUGGCGUACAUCCAUCCGAAGAAUGGUGAGGAGCAGAAGAUCUCCGAUAUGGUUUACUCGUUGUUCCGUAUGCUGCUGCAUCAUGCGAUAAAACAUGAAUAUGGGGGAUGGCGUGUGUGGGUGGACACCUUGGCGAUUGUGCACUCAAAAGUGUCAUAUGAAGAGUUUAAGUUGCAAUUUGCUCAAAUGUAUGAGCACUACGAACGUCACCGGACGGACAACAUUACGGAUCCAGCUCUUCGUCAGGCACGUCCUAUCAGUACAAUUAGUGGGUGGGAGAGGGAGUCGGAUCAGGUGACGGAGGGUGGGGCAUCCAUUGUGGAGAUUGAGGGUGGUAAGGUGUGCCACAAAGUAAGCACAGCGACCGCCACGGAGGAGUGCGAUGGGGAGAACAAUAAGAUGAAAUGUGGCUGUGAGGAUGAGGAGGUCAAAGUGACCACCACAUCCGCCGAAUCUGUCCAAACGAUAUCGCACAUCUCCGAUGUCUACAGUAAGCAAGUUAGCAGUGAACCCAUUUGCAAUGGUAAUGCCCACGAUUCCAGUACCGAAGAGGAGAAAUCACCAGCCAAGGAAAUCACAAAUACAUCAUCCGGAGGCACGGAAGUGCUUAAACAGGUGCUCGAGGUGGAUGCAGAUGAUAUCAUCAUCCCCCCACGGGAGGAGGGUGAAACGAAGGAGGUUGUGGAGAAGAUUGUGGAAGAGAUCAUUGAGAAGUCUGAGAAGUUGCUGAGUGACUGCAAAACCACAUCGGAUGAGAUGAUUGUGGAGUCAGCGUCACCCGUGAUAAAGGAUGAGGAAUUGGAAUUGGCCGUUAAUGAGGUGGUGAAGGGUGUGCGUGAGAUUGAGCGCAAAGUUAAGGGUGAGAGUGAUGAUAGCCAUUCAAUUAGUCGGAGCAACAAUAAUUUAGAUUUAUCCGAUGCAACUGCGAAAGAUAAGACUGAUUUACUCCUGUCAAGUGCAAUAAUAUGUAGUAGUAGUGGCACCGCGACGGCUAAUCAGGACAAUGAGGUUGUUGGGGCGAUUGUUAUGGAAAUUGUUGAGAGGAGUCUGGAUGAGAUAACGGGUGUACAGGGGGAUGUUGUGCAGAAGGCCACCGAGGUGGUGGACAAUGUGCUGCGUGAUGCGAGUGUUGUGAGUACAAUUAGUUCCAAGCCGCUGGAAGAUGCGGCCCGUGAGGAGAUUGCCAGUAGCAUUGUGGAUGAGAUGGUGGAAAUUUGUCUGGACGAUCAAGUGGAAAAACACGCCGCGGAUGUGCAAAGUGACAGCGACCGGGGGGAGGUGCAGUCACCCACUGAGAAGAUUGAUGUGGCGAAUGUGGUGGAGAAUGGGAUACAGACAUCAGAAACGAAUUCACCGCAAGUCCAAAAGCCCCAGAGUGCAUCGACGAGCACCCAAGUGGAGAAUAAUCACUUUGAACUGAAGAGGUCCAAAUCCGGAUCAACGCGACCAAUGUUUAGCCCCGGACCAACGAGGCCGCCAUUUAGAAUUCCCGAAUUCAAAUGGUCCUACAUCCACCAACGUCUCCUCUCUGAUGUUCUCUUCUCCCUCGAAACGGACAUCCAGGUGUGGCGCAGUCAUUCCACGAAGAGUGUCCUGGAUUUUGUCAAUUCCAGCGAGAAUGCCAUCUUCGUUGUAAAUACUGUACAUUUGAUAUCCCAAUUGGCCGAUAAUCUGAUUAUCGCAUGCGGUGGUCUGUUGCCUUUACUUGCAAGUGCUACUUCACCAAAUUCUGAACUGGAUGUACUGGAACCGACGCAGGGGAUGCCACUCGAAGUGGCCGUGUCAUUCCUGCAGCGUCUUGUGAAUAUGGCCGAUGUUCUGAUAUUUGCCAGCUCACUCAAUUUUGCUGAGCUGGAGGCGGAGAAGAACAUGUCCAGCGGUGGUAUCCUCCGGCAGUGCUUGCGCCUGGUGUGCACGUGUGCUGUGCGGAAUUGUCUCGAGUGCAAGGAGAGGACUCGAUAUAACAAUGGCACAGUACGAGAUGCACCAGGUGCUGCCCAUUUGCAAGCACUCAUCCGUGGUGCACAAGCUUCUCCCAAGAACAUUGUGGAAUCACUGUCGGGGAGCUUGAGUCCCGUUAAAGAUCCGGAGAAAUUGCUGCAGGAUAUGGAUGUGAAUCGCCUGAGAGCAGUCAUCUAUCGUGAUGUGAAACGGAUGUUCCAGGAGGAGACGAAACAAGCGCAGUUCCUUUCCCUGGCCAUUGUGUACUUCAUCUCAGUUCUCAUGGUGUCCAAGUAUCGUGACAUACUCGAGCCACCCGUGGAGCCACAACCACCGAGAGCUUCACCUGUAAUGCAACGAAAUCCCCAAGCACAAGAACCGUCCGCUCGACCACUUUUCCCGCAAUGGUCACAUCACGUUUACCCACAAUUCCUCCCUGGUUCGCAUCCCAAUCACCAAUCACUGCCGCCACCGUCACAGAAUGCGCAACAGCAGCAGCAGCAUCAGAUGCAACAUCUACCACACCAGACCCAACACAACCAUCUCCAUCACAAUUCCAAUUUUGCAAGUAGCGAGAUCAAUACGAAUUACUACCAAACGCGCGAUCAUACGCUCCUUAAUAACACCACAAAUGCCUACCUGAGGAGUCGCGUGGGUGGUGCAGUGAGUGGCGGUGGCGGGGGUGGGAGUGGGGCUGGGAAUCAUGGCAACGGUGCCGGGGUACAUCACAAAAAUAACACGGUCAAUAACAAUUAUCGCUUUAGGAGUGCUCCAGGCACGCGAACAAUUCAGGAUGAGGACUACGAGGUGAUUGUUGUAGAUGAGAACAAUUCAUCCGUCCUGGCGGACAAUGAGUCGCACUCGAGUGGACCACCAUCAAUAAAGGCUAAACGACAAGUAUCUACAUUAAGUGGAAAUUUACAACCAUUGACACCACCUUUGCAAAAUGUGCCUCAAAUGAUAAAUCGAAAGAGCAUGGACUCCGAUGCUGCGUCCCUCAAUAUGAAUUCCACGGAGAAUGAUGGUGCCGAAGUGGAAUCCUCGUCUGAGACAAUGGCUGACGACAACAAGCCCAACAACAGCAACGAUGAGAGUUGGACUGAUGUGAAUUUGAAUGAGGAUGCAGCUGGGAGUGGUACAGGUGGUGUUGGUGAGAAGGUGCGCGAUAUUGAGGGGAAUAUUCAUCAUUUGGGUGCUGGAAAUGAGCGAGGAGAUAAGCCGGAUUCGGAGAUUUCCGUUGUGCGCGUUCCUGACACCUAUGGCGGCUCAUCCAGUGGUAGUCGCUCACGGCCAGAUGAUUUGCAAAUGAAGCCACCCCUUGUGGGUUCUCUGCCACUGACAACACCCUCGCGGGAAGCGAGUCUCACGCAGAAGCUUGAGAUUGCCCUGGGUCCGGUGUGUCCACUUCUCAGGGAAAUAAUGGUUGAUUUUGCGCCAUUCCUGUCAAAAACUCUCGUAGGAAGUCACGGGCAGGAAUUGCUGAUGGAGGGCAAGGGUUUAACCACCUUCAAGAAUAGCCACAGCGUUGUGGAGCUCGUAAUGUUGCUUUGCUCACAAGAAUGGCAGAAUAGUCUGCAGAAGCACGCUGGCCUCGCCUUCAUUGAACUCAUCAAUGAAGGACGCCUCCUGUCGCACGCUAUGAAGGAUCACAUUGUAAGAGUUGCCAAUGAAGCUGAAUUCAUCCUCAAUCGUAUGCGGGCUGAUGAUGUCCUCAAGCAUGCUGAUUUUGAAUCCCAAUGCGCUCAGACGCUCCUUGAACGUCGCGAAGAGGAGCGAAUGUGCGAUCACUUGAUCACAGCUGCCCGUCGACGGGACAAUGUGAUUGCAUCGCGUUUACUGGAGAAAGUCCGGAAUAUCAUGUGCAAUCGCCACGGAGCCUGGGGCGAUACAAGCGGAACGCCCACCAAGUCGGUCUUCUGGAAACUCGACGCAUGGGAGGAUGAUGCAAGACGCAGGAAACGAAUGGUGCAGAAUCCACGUGGAUCGAGUCAUCCCCAGGCCACACUCAAGGCUACGCUCGAGAAUGGUGGACCUGAGGAUGCCAUCUUGCAGGCAAGGGAGGAAUUCCACUCACAAAUUGCCGUAACACGUGGCCAGCAACCGCCACAGUCAACGGCAGAUCUUUUAGAUGAUUCAGAACUUCUAAUUGAGGAUCGUGAACUCGAUCUCGAUCUCACGGGUCCCGUGAAUAUCAGUACAAAGGCCAAAUUAAUAGCUCCGGGUGUUGUGGCACCAGGAACAGUGUCAAUCACCACAACUGAGAUGUACUUUGAGGUGGAUGAGGAUAGUCCGGAAUUCCAGAAGAUUGAAUCCGACGUGAUCAAGUACUGCGAUCAUCUUCAUGGCAAAUGGUAUUUCUCCGAAGUACGUGCAAUCUUCUCCCGGAGGUAUUUGCUCCAGAAUGUUGCCAUUGAGAUCUUCCUGGCGAGUAGAACAUCAAUUUUGUUUGCCUUCCCGGAUCAGCAUACCGUGAAGAAGGUGAUCAAGGCCCUACCACGUGUUGGGGUUGGCAUUAAGUAUGGAAUCCCACAGACGAGGAGAGCUUCGAUGAUGUCUCCACGGCAGCUGAUGAGGAAUUCGAAUAUGACACAAAAAUGGCAAAGGCGGGAGAUUUCCAACUUUGAGUACUUGAUGUUCCUCAAUACGAUCGCAGGGAGGACGUACAAUGAUCUCAAUCAGUAUCCGGUAUUCCCGUGGGUGCUAACGAACUACGAAUCGAGGGAGCUGGAUCUCAGCCAGCCGUCAAAUUAUCGGGAUUUGUCGAAGCCAAUUGGUGCCCUCAAUCCCAGUCGUAGAGCUUACUUUGAGGAACGAUAUGAUAGCUGGGAUAACGAUACGAUUCUCCCAUUCCACUAUGGGACUCACUACUCCACGGCUGCUUUCGUUCUCAAUUGGCUAAUCCGCGUGGAGCCAUUCACGACAAUGUUCCUGGCACUUCAGGGUGGGAAAUUCGACCAUCCUGAUCGGUUGUUCUCCUCUGUGUCGCUCUCAUGGAAGAACUGCCAGCGUGACACGUCGGACGUGAAGGAGCUCAUCCCCGAAUGGUACUUCCUUCCAGAGAUGUUCUACAAUUCAUCAAGCUAUCGCUUAGGUGCCCGGGAAGAUGGGACAAUUGUAUCCGAUGUGGAACUACCACCGUGGGCAAAGAGCCCCGAGGAAUUUGUCCGGAUUAAUCGGAUGGCGCUUGAAUCGGAAUUUGUGUCGUGUCAGCUGCAUCAGUGGAUUGAUUUGAUUUUCGGCUACAAACAACGUGGACCCGAAGCUGUGCGUGCCACAAAUGUAUUCUACUACCUCACCUAUGAGGGUAGUGUUGAGCUGGACACAAUUGCGGAUCCCGUAAUGAGGGAGGCGAUUGAGAAUCAAAUUCGAAAUUUUGGGCAGACACCAAGCCAACUGCUGAUGGAGCCACAUCCACCACGAAGUUCCGCCAUGCAUCUCACACCGAUGAUGUUUAGCGCAAUGCCUGAUGAUGUGUGCAUGUCGCUCAAGUUCCACCUCAACUCACCCAUUAUUCACAUCUCGGCCAAUACGUACCCACAGCUGCCACUUCCGUCCGUGGUCACUGUCACGGCGGGUCAUCAGUUUGCUGUAAAUCGAUGGAAUUGCAACUAUGCCGCCAAUGUACAGAGCCCAAGCUAUGCAGAGACACCCCAGACACCUGGAACUAAUCUCCCGCUCACAAUGGAUCCCAUGCUAUCUCAAACAAAUGGGCACAAUAAUCCAACGAUACGGCGUCAUUUGGGCGACAAUUUCAGUCAGAAACUCAAAAUUCGUGCCAAUUGCUUCGUAACGACGGUGGAUAGUCGCUUCCUCAUUGCCUGUGGCUUCUGGGACAACAGUUUCCGUGUUUUUGCCACGGAAACGGCAAAAAUUGUCCAAAUUGUCUUUGGGCAUUUUGGCGUUGUGACCUGCCUUUCGCGCUCAGAGUGCAACAUCACCUCCGAUUGCUACAUUGCUUCCGGAUCUGCUGACUGCACCGUGUUGCUGUGGCACUGGAAUGCCAGGACACAGAGUAUCGUUGGGGAAGGAGAGGUGCCAACACCACGAGCAACGCUCACUGGACACGAACAAGCUGUGACUUCUGUUGUGAUUAGUGCCGAAUUGGGAUUGGUGGUGUCUGGAUCGAUAAAUGGUCCCGUUCUGGUGCACACGACAUUUGGUGACUUGCUGAGAUCCCUGGAGGCGCCAACGGAGUUCAUUUCCCCGGAAAAUAUUGCAAUGUCCCGCGAGGGAUUUAUUGUGGUGAACUACGACAAGGGAAAUGUGGCAGCGUACACGAUUAAUGGGAAGAAAUUGAGACAUGAGUCGCACAAUGAUAAUCUUCAGUGCAUGCUACUCUCAAGAGAUGGGGAGUACCUUAUGACGGCAGGAGAUCGUGGCAUUGUGGAAGUUUGGAGGACUUUCAAUUUGGCCCCACUGUAUGCAUUCCCGACGUGCAAUAGUGGGAUCCGAUCGUUGGCACUCACCCAUGAUCAAAAGUACUUACUAGCUGGACUAGCAACAGGCUCCAUCAUUGUCUUUCACAUUGACUUCAAUCGCUGGCAUCAUGAAUAUCAGCAGCGUUACUGAUAAGAUUCACUAAAAUGGAGGGUGUGUCGUCAGAAUAUUGUCUGCAGGUACAUGCGAAAGUGAUGCUGCGGAUCAGGUGAAAAGGCAGAGGGAGGACGUGGAAGAAAAAAAAACAAGAAUUAUGAAACAUGAUACUAUAAAACAUUGUGGCCAAAAUAAGGUAAGAUAGAAAAUAUUUUUAAUUACAAUCUUUGAAGAAGUAGAGAGAGAGAAAGAAGAAAAGAAGGUUGGAGAUUUGAUAUUUUGGAAUGAAAACACCCACACAAAACACCACCCAAACAUUGGGAAUUAUUGAUAAAUAUUAUUAGAAAGAGAUGCAGUAGAUAAGAUAGGGUGGAAGGGGUUGAUGAAAAGUCCUCUCAAUUUGUACAUAGCAAGGAAGAAAAAAAAAAGUAAGAAAAUAGUAGAAAGAGUGCAAUGAAUUAAAAAAAAAAUUAAAAGGGAUUUUUUCAAUAAAAACCGUCGCGCGUUGAAUAUUUCGAAAUUUUUUACAUCCAACCUUGUUUUUUUUUAAAACUUGUUUUCUCCUCUUUUUUGGAGCUAAUUCAGAGUAAAAUGGAAAAUAUGUGCAUUAGAGAAGUAAAAUAAAGAAAAUUAAAUAAAAAGAAAUAAAUAAAUAAGAAACACGAUAAAAGUCAACAAAUUAAAUGGAGAUGAAUGAUUAAAUCGUAGAAUAUUUCGCAAUCAAAACACAUUAUUUAAAAUAAUUAGUAAUGAAAAGAAAAGUAUUAUUAUAAAAAGGAAUUAAUUGAUAGAAAUGCGGCAAAAAAAACUUAAUGAACUUUGAUCGUUUUAGUGGAGCUACUUAGUGAUGGGAAGUAAUGACGGGCCGAAAGAUAGAAUAAAAAAUAAUUGUUACGUUUCAUAGUGUACAAGAAUUAAUUAAUUCUAGUCCUCAUUUACUUAAUCAUUCCCUUUUUUAUUAUAAAAUUAGUAUUUUUUCCUUAAAAUUUUGAGAAAAAAACAACAAAGUACUUAAAAGAAAACUACCUAAAAAUUAAUAAGCAUUAAACACAGCAUUACCGUAUCUGAAAGAGAAAUCUAGUGAGAAAAAAGCUUCACUCAACCAUAAAAAUUUAAUAAAAAAAUGAAAAUUAAACAUAAACAUGAGGAAUAAUGUAGAAAAUAACGUUGUUGUGGAUUUUGCAAAAGUAUUUUUUGCAAAAAUCCUAUAAAUUAAAAAAAAAUCUAUGGAUAGUAUUUUUUAUUUCAACCAACAAAACUAACCUAAAGAAAAACUAAAAUAAAAAAAGAGAAGAUAAUAUCCAAAAUUACCUAUGAUGGGCUUUUUCCUCCGAACUGAAAUUAUUUGUGAUUUUUUUUGGUUCUGAGAAAGACAUUUUGCAGCAUUUUUUUCGAAGAGACUUAAUUAUUUUGCAAUUGAUAUGCGUUUUUUUUUUCAUAAAAUACUAAUACAACUUUUUUGUAGUCUACUAACUUCAUCCAAAUGUGAAUAUCGUUAACAUUCCGCCAUCCAAUUAAUGAAUUUUUAAAAAAUAAAUAAAAAACUAACAUUAAACAAUUUUAAUGAUGAUGAUAAUAAAAGAUGACAUAAAAAAGUAAAAGAGAAUUAAAAUAACGAUAAAAGUGGGAAUUAUUGUAUUUUAAAAAUACAAAUAUAAAAAAAAUAUAUAAACUAACACAUAAAAAAUAUUUGCAUUCUGUCCAAAAGAAGAAAUAUUAUAAAAUUAAAAAAAGAAGGAAACCUAAAAAAAUUUAUAAAAAAUAAUGAAUAAAAAAAGUGAGAUAGGUGGGUGAAAAAAAAAUUAAGAAAAAACUAUGGCACUGUAAAUAUCAAUAUUAGCUCUUUGUAUUAUUUUAUCGUUUUUUUUGUGAAUGACGGUGAUUUAAAAAAUAAAAAAAGUACGAAAAUAUAAAGCAAAUGCGUCAAAAAAUUAGAACAUUUUAAAUGCUAAUUGGAAGAAAAUUGCGAGAGAAAAAAAUUAAGAAAAAUAAUUUGUGAGUGAAAAUCACUGACAUUGUAACUAUAAGUGUUUGGUGUUGGUAAAAAAAAACAUGAAAACUAAAAUAUAAUUAAAUCGAUUUAUUGCACUAACAGAGAGCAUGAAAAAAAUCUAAAGAUUAAAUUGCCGAGGUGGGUCAUUUGAUAAGAAAAUUAACAAAAAAAAAAGAUGAAAAACAAUAACGAAUUAGAAAAAAAAACGCGUAAAAAUGGUUUCCACCCUUUGCGUAUUUCUUUAAUGAGUAGUUUUUAUUAUUAGAAAAUGAAUAUUUGAAAUGAAAAAAAAAGUCGUGCUGUUUUUUAGUGGAUGCAAGCAUUCCGUAUUUUUUUGUAAUUGAUUUCUACCUCCGCCCUGAGCAAGAAUAAAAAAAUGUGUAUUGCUGCUUGAUUCUGCGAGGAUGAUAAGAGAUGAAGAUGUGUGUAAAAGGAUGAAAACUUUCAAAGAAAUCACAUAUUUCUGAUUGAAUUUCCAAACAGCGCAUUACCUACCUAUAUAUCACAAACUUUUCAUCUUCAAUAAGAAAAAAAAAACACCGUGUUGCGAACAUCUUUUGACUUUUCCCAUAAUAAAGAGAAAACUAAUAAUAAUAUUUUAAUAAAAAAAAAGAGAAAAAGAGAACCAAUUCAAGAAAAUGAAUAAAGAAAGCAAAGAGUCACGAUGGGAAAGAAUAUCUUCUAUUUAGGAGAUAGGAUAAUUGCACACACAGCUAUGAUCCUGAUUAUAUUUUGUCAAUGAUAAUGUUUAAAAUGAAAGCAAAAGAGAUGAUGCAGAUGAAUAAUAUGUUUAAUAAAAAUAAAUUUAUCUAAUACA